GAAGGAAAACAAAAAGAAACUCAAUCCCAUGAUUGGCUGCAGGCACAAAGACCGGAGAGCACAUGCUGCCUUUACUAUUUUCGUGCCAGCUUUUCUGAAAAAUAAUUGGAGGCGCUGGGGAGAUGACGACUGGGGGAGAUGGUAAGCGGCAUAAACAAUUCAAAAGUUGACGAGUCUCCUGUUCAGGAGGAAGGAGGAGAAGAAGAAACGAGAAGAGGAAAGAAGAAUGUGCGUACAUGUGUAUGAGUUUUAUAUAUAAAUUCUGCCAAUGAGAAAAGCCCUUGUCAGGGAAGAACGAACGCCGACCUUCCCUAGAUCGACACGACCCUGGUGCAUAUCUUUAGAUACUUCCAUUUACCCACACUGUGAUGCAUUCUCUUCGAAGCUGCUUUUGCUUGGGGAAGGCUAGACAGAAGCCUGGGUAUGAGAAGCCUUCUGUUCUUGCUUCUGAAACACCUUUUACUGUGAAUGAAGUAGAGGCUUUGUAUGAUCUGUUUAAGAAACUAAGCAGCUCCAUAAUUGAUGAUGGUCUUAUUAAUAAGGGAUUUCUUGAGCACCACAUGCUAUUGCUAACAUAUCACGAACAGGAAGAAUUUCAGCUUGCACUUUUCAAGAAUAGCAGAAAACAGAAUCUUUUUGCAGACAGGGUAUUUGAUUUGUUUGACAUUAAGAAUAAUGGGGCUAUUGAAUUUGGAGAAUUCGUUCGAUCAUUAGGCAUCUUCCACCCAAAUGCUCCCAUAGCAGACAAAAUUGGAUUUGCUUUUAGAUUGUAUGAUCUGAAGAACAGUGGUUACAUUGAACGUGAUGAGUUGAAGGAGAUGGUAGUGGCUCUUCUUAAUGAGUCAGAACUGACACUUUCAGAUGAUCUUGUUGAAACAAUUUUGGACAAGACAUUCAAGGAGGCAGAUUCAAAAGGAGAUGGGAGGAUUGACCAAGAAGAAUGGAAGGAAUAUGUAGAAAAGAAUCCAUCCCUAAUAAGGAACAUGACACUUCCAUACUUAAAGGAUGUCACUAUAGCUUUUCCUAGCUUUGUUCUUACCACUGAAGUCCUUGAGUCAGAAAUGGAUGCCUCAAGUGUUACCCUGGCUGUCUCAAGCUCUCCACCCUCUGGAUGCUCUCUCCUCUGAGACGUUGAACAAGAUGAGUCGAUGACGUGCAUCAUUAAAUUCUUAAUCUGUAUUGUCUCAGUGUUCUGUAAUGUGCGUUGUAAUAUAGUGGCUCUUUUAAAAAUUUAGGAUUGGAUUUUUAGCUUCAUCUUUUGGGCAAGUUCACCCUCUUUGUAUUAGGUUUCUGUGGUACUAUUUCUCUGUUUGCUCACUCUGAAAACAUAAGAAAAGAAAUGAAAAUCUUGCAAUUUCC